AUGAACUGGAAAAAAGGUCCCAUCAUCGGCCGUGGUUCCUCCGCCACCGUCUCUCUCGCCACCAAAGUCACCGGAGACCUCUUCGCUGUCAAGUCUGUCGAGCUUUCAAGUUCACAGUUCUUACAGAAAGAGCAAGAAUUUCUUUCUAAAUUAAAAUCCCCUCAUGUAAUCCAGUACAUCGGGUUUGAUGUUGAUUAUGAUAACAACAUUCCGAUGUAUAAUCUGUUCAUGGAGUAUGCACCCGGUGGCACGAUUUCAGAUGUGAUUAAGAAACAAGGAGGGUGUCUUGAUGAGGGCUUGAUCGGAUCUUAUACUCGUCAGAUUCUACUUGGGUUGGAUUAUCUUCACUCCAACAAUUUGGUGCAUUGUGAUAUCAAGUGCCAGAAUGUGUUCGUUGCCAGCGAUGGCGUCAAAAUUGGUGAUCUUGGGUGUGCUAAAUUGGCGGAGAUCGGCGGAGUUGCGUCCUCUGUUUUUUCAGGUACACCGGUUUUCAUGGCUCCGGAGGUUGCAAGAGGUGAAGAACAAGGGUUUGCGGCUGACGUGUGGGCUGUUGGGUGUGCAGUAAUUGAAAUGGCAACCGGUUCUAACCCGUGGCCUGCGGUAAAUAACCCGGUGUCUGCUUUAUACAAAAUUGGGUAUUCCGGCGAUGUACCAUUGUUUCCGACGUGGUUAUCGGUGGAAGCUAAAGAUUUCUUGAAUAAGUGUUUGCGAACAAAUGCUGAAGAAAGGUGGACAGCAAACCAACUUCUUCAACACCCAUUUGUUGAUUCGAAUUCUGAUUUCCGAAAGAUUCAAAAUUUCCCCAGGAAUUCUCCAAGUAGCAUCCUGGAUCAAGGAUUCUGGGACUGUUUUGAAGCGCCGGAGCCUUCACCGCCGCUGACCCAUUUCAUGAACUUCUCCGGCGAGUCUCCGCUGGUUAGGAUAGGACAGUUGGUUGAAGGAACUCCUUCACGUUUGCCCAUUUGGGUUGACGAAGAAGAGUGGAUGACAGUAAGAACAAAUCAGAUAGACAACGAAGAAUUGGAAGAGGACAACACUGAGUCGACUCGUAUGAACUCGUUUUCAGAAGAAGCGUUUUUUUCACGACCUGUUAGAACAAAUUUAGAAUCCAGUGUAGUUGAAAUGAGUGGAGCAAGUGUGGUUGUUUCAAGAUUUCUUGAUUGUAAGAACAUGAAUAAUAAUAAUAAUUGUUUUCUGAUUGAUUCAAAAUUAAGCUAUUCGUUAUUGGCUCUCACUGUUUUCUGA